CAAUUGCCUGAGCACGACUACAAAACCAUACGCAAUCCACCUCUUGUCGCUCGGUGCUGCUCCCACUGCGAUCACUGCCGGGGCCAUGGCUGCUGUUCCGCCGUCCCUCUCGAACUACACACCUUCACACAGCGGCUCCCCAUCCCGACAUCUCUCCCAAUACUCUGCCUCCUCCACCGUCGCCGGUACUCCCCUCCCAGACCGCACGUCUGGCACUCCCACGAGUAUUACUUCGAUCUCGACCCUCCGUUACCCUUCGACCCGCAAAACCAUCUAUGACCGCAACCUCAACCGCUCUCGCAAUGCCGAAUUGUCCAGAGCCAGCUUCGCCUACCUGUUCAUGGAGAUGGUCUCGUACGCGCACAAGAGGGUGAAGGGGAUACAGGAUUUCGAGAAGAGACUGAACGAGCAGGGCUAUCCGCUGGGGUUGAAGCUACUGGAUCUGCUGCUCUACCGGGCGUCACCGAUCGGAGGGUCGAGUUCGUCGAGUGGAGGGUCGUCGAGCAGCAGUUCAGGAGCAGGGGCAAGUCGACCGCUACGGCUGUUGCCUCUUUUGACAUUAUUGACGACCAAGCUCUACCCGUUACUGUUCUCCCGUCCCGCCGACUCCCUCGAACAGUCCACCACGAACGCCGGAGAAUAUAUGAUUAUCGACAACACCCCGCUCACGAAUCAGUAUAUCUCGGUCCCGAAGGAGAUGUCCCAGUUGAGUGUGGCGGCGUAUAUUGCGGGGAUCAUCGAGGGAGUAUGUGAUGGUGCAGGCUUCUCUUGCAAGGCGAGUGCGCACAACACUGGCACGGACGUGUGGCCCAGCCGGACAGUCUUUCUGAUCAAGUUCGAUGAGAGCGUGAUGGAACGGGAGAGGGAGUUGGAGAGGCAGGGCGUCAAGUGAGGGAGUAGGAUCCACAGCGAGAUUGUCGCAGUGCCUUGCGAGACGAAUGCUAUAAAUGAAGGAAAGCGCCGAGUGAACCAAGGAAAGAGUUCAAAGAACAGGGGAAUGGGCUCAAAAUGGUUGCCUAUCACUAAUUGCAAUCGAUGGUUGAACCGGGAGCCCAACUCCAGGCAUGCGACGCUGUGCAUCCAAUGCGACAUUCGUCAGGACUCCCAAGAGUGCCAGACGAAGCUGGAUUCAACUGAUUCAAGUGUCACACGCCCUCAUGCAAAUCAGAGGCCACCACGGCUCUCACCCAUUACACUCGGCACUCCGAUAUCAUGGUCCAUUUCCAGCCACCCAGCCUCAAAAACUGUCCACUCGAUUCCCCUUGAUACUCGCAACAAAUUAGCCAUGAGGCCACAACUCACAUUCCAUCGUUCUGACGGAUGGCACCGGGUGAACUUGUCCUCACAUCGAGGGGAGAAAGGGGGGGGCAUGACGAUUCGAUCCCGAUCAUUUGCACCCGAAGGUUUCUUGCUAUCUGCCGCCACCUUGAGGCUGCGGAGGAGGCGUGUCAGGCCGAAUGGGAUCGAUUGUGAACAUACCUGUGAGGUCGGUCAGUGUAACCACCACCGCAGAACUGAUCCUGGGGUGUACCAAGGGUAGGAUCUUCCAUUCCGCGGCCUGCAUAAGUGUCCGCUGGACGCGGUGGAUCUAUUGGGGGGAUCAACGGUCCCGUAGACGCAUGACGGACCGUGUAUGCUCUGUCUUCUAGGGGCUGAGUCGGCAAUCUUGGGCUCACACGGAGCAUAGCACGUGCCGGUUCGACUAUUGGGCAAACCAACGGCCCUGGAGCGCCGGCUUUAAAAGAGCCUUCUGCAGUUUCAACGAUAAGUCUCCCUCUCCAGUGGACCAGCACGGGGGAGUCGAGGCAGCAUGAGCCCAGCUUACCCGAGAUGGCCAUUUUGGUUUCCCAGAGAGUGCGUCAAUGUUUUUGAUAUAUUGGAAUCGCUGCGAAUGCGCUGGAUCUUGCGGUUCUAUCUGUGAAUUGGUCUUUGCUUUGAGGGGGCUCGUGUCUUUGGGAUAUGAAGAUAUAGCGCGGGGGAUUGAGUCGCCGAAGCAGAGGGGGGGAGUCCGGGCAUCUUUAUAUCUUCCGGGACGAGGUGUGCAAACACCAGUUCGUUUGCAUGGUCCUGUCAUUGUCCCAACGCCCCUGAGUGAGGCCGAGAUCUGGUGAGAUGAGUGAGCAGGACGGUGAGGGCAUUCAUGACCUGUGUGACCCGUGCUUUGGUAGGAACUUGGCCGAAGCAGGAUGCCAGACAGCAGGCGUGAAGGUCUGUCUGCUCGAGCUACAUUACUGUAUAUACUCGUGGCGGUGAGCCAUGACGAGACCGGGGGGGGGCGGUGGGAGUACACAGUCGUCACUUGAGUGGGCAGCUACAGCCCAUAUGCUGACCCGAGAAAAAGAAGGAAUCCAAUCAUGGCUCCUCCCGAGAACACAGAGGUACAUAUUCGCAUUGAGAGCACUUCGGAUCGAUUCUGAUGCUCGCCCUCUGUGGAGGAAGGAAAGGCCCUGCAAGUUCGUUCUCGAGAGGGUCGGUUGCGUUUCUGACGCGGAAAGUAGUACAAGUAUGUUCACGGCGCCUUUUUUUUU